AUGAAGUUCCUGCACUCAGGACAGGUGCUUCUAUCCCCCCGCACCCAGGAACUCCACGACAUGAUCUUGCAGCUACGAGAACUCAAGGGGAAGCCCAUACUUCUCCGGGCUGCAUCAGACAACAGCACCACCAAGGGAGUGCUUCUACGCUACCCACUUUUAAUGCCCAUAUCACCCAUCCUGAAGAAUCCACUGGUCUUGUCAGCGGAGCGGCUUACCACUCGAGACGGGGAGGAGACAAGGCAGGUGUUGAUCACAGUCCGUGGCCCUCUGCCUGGCACUCUGGAGCUGGGGAACUCGCCCACGAAACACUACAGAUAUAUAACAUCUACCAUCACCCCAAUGAUCCCCUUGACGUGGAACAGGAACGGGCAGCACCUCGCUGAAGUACUCGCCACCGUCCCCGAGGCAACCCUUCUCAACACCAUAGGGGAGCCCACACACAUAGACGGUGGGAUUCUUGACCUGUCCUUUACAUCUCCUGAUCUCAGCCACGGAGCAAAGUGGAAGAUUCAUGACCAUCUCGCCAGCGACCACUUUGCCACCGUCAGCACCAUCAUCUGUGCAAAGCCUCCUGCUCCGGCAUUUGUCCCUCGCUGGAAUACCAAGCAAGCGGACUGGCCAAGAUUCCACACGGAGCUCCUCCAUCAUCUCUCCCUGACAGAACCUGGUUUGACGGUUGAUGACAGGGAACGUCGGCUAGUUGAUGCCUUCCAUCACGCUGUUAACGUUGCUAUUCCCGGCACAAAGAAGCCCAAAUAUGACCACAAAGAUCACUGGUACUAUGAUCACAGAGUGCAGGAAUACAAUCACCGUGUCAACCAGGCAAGAAAACUGAACCGAGCUCACAAAACACAAGACACAAGCGAUCUCCUUCGGGCUGCAAUCAGGAUGGCAAGGGAGGGGAAGAGAAAAAUCAAGACCGAAAAGUGGCUGGAGUGGUGCUCUGGAAUGAAUGCGCACACAAACCUCAGCGAUUUGUGGAAGCAGGUUAAAAUUGCGUCAGGCAGAAAGACCCCAGCCACACCAACUCAUCCAGAUCCAGAGAGGGAAGCCUCCACUCUCCUCCGGGGCUACGUUGAUAGAGCCAGCUCUGCGCAACUAAGCCCCGCCUCCCGUGCCAAGCUAGAUGAGCAACGACCUGCCCAGGAUGCCCUCAUCCAACGAGCCUGCAACCUCCAACACCAAGCAGACACAGCUUUCACGCCACAAGAGCUCCAGAGGGCUCUACGACCCAGACCGGACACAGCAGCUGGCGCAGACAAGAUCACUUACUCCAUGAUCAGACACGGUGAAGAGGCGGUGCAAGAGGAGCUCCUCACCAUCAUCAACACCUCCAAUGCCACCGGACUCCUCCCAACAUCGUGGAAAGAGGCCACCAUUCACCCAAUCCCGAAGCUCAAGGAUCCGGAAAAGACAAGACCGAUCUCCCUGUUCAGCUGCUUGGGCAAAACGGCAGAAAAGAUGGUCUUGCACAGACUGCAAUGGGUGACUGGUCCUCUGCACGCCAACGUCUUCGCCUACACAAGAAACGUCGGGACGAGGGACUGCCUGCUAGACAUGAUAACCUCCAUAUCAGGAAGAAAGGCUGUUAUCAUCUUCCUGGAUAUGGAAAAAGCAUUCGAACUAGCAAAUGCAAGACCGAUCCUAACGGCCCUCGCCAGGAAGGGAGUGGCGGGGAAGUUGCUGGCAUGGGUGCAGGACUUCCUCACUGGCCGCAAAGCGCGAGUUCGCUUCCAGGGGCGUCUCACCGACUACAAGACUCUCGACAACGGCACACCCCAAGGGAGCAUCCUAAGCCCAUACCUCUUCAACACGCUAAUGGAGGAACUUAUCUCACUGCCGCUAUCAACAGGGUCUAAGAUUCUAUGCUACGCGGACGACAUCGCAGUGAUAACAACAGGGCCGAACCACCUGAAGAAAGCCCAAAAUAUCAUCACCACAGUGGCGAAGAAAUGUGACUCCCUGGGGCUGAAAAUCAACUUUGCCAAGUCGAAGGCCAUGUACGUCAAUGUCAAGGCGCCCCCAGAGAGAGCACAGGCCAGGCUGAAGACCUUGAGAGCCAUCACUGCAAUAGAGGGCGGCGCCAACUUGAGGCUUUUCUACGUCCAGGCGGUCAGAUCACUCGUGGACUAUGCCGCCCCGCUACUAGCCAGCAUCUCACCGUGGGCUAUGGAGAAGCUCGAGAAGUUGCAAAAUCAGGCACUUCGCAUCAUGUUGGGAGCUCCGAGGUGGGCGAAGCUCGUCAACAUGAGAGUUGAAGCUGACCUGCCACUCCUUGCCCAUCGCGUCCAUGAUGUAAACGUAGCGCUUCUGGCAAAAAUGCUCGUUCUCCCCAAGUUCGAGUCAGCAGCCAGAAGACCACGCCAGAGCCUCGCCCACGAUGAAGACCUCUUUUCAAAGAAAAACUGGGCUAGCACGUCUGCGCAGGGCGUCAAAACCCUCCAAAUGCAAACUACACUCGCCUCCAGAGCCUCAGACGCCCAGCACCCCGAGUAUGCACCCCCUUCCCCAUGGGAGGCAUCCGGCUACAACUUCUCUGUCACCAAACUCACUGCUAACAAGUCGUCCCUCACCGCCGACGCCCUAGCAGCCCAGGCCCAGCAGGCACUCCACGCCGUGGAUGGCGGGAACAAGGAGGUGUACUUCACGGACGGCUCCAUUGAUCCCGACACCCAUAGAGCUGCUGCAGCUUUCGUCCACAGCACAGGGACUGGCAUCUUCCGCCUUCCAGACCACUCUUCGACGCUCCAGACAGAGCUGGUCGCCAUCUGGAAGGCGAUAGAAGAUGCACGCCUACGCAACGGAGACGUCCUAAUACACACAGACUCGCUGGGAGCAAUACAGUGUCUUCAGCGAACACACACAUAUGAUAACAUUCUCCUUGUCACCACCAUCCACGCCAGUGCCCAAGCACUGCAAAGGGAGAACAGAAACAUCACAAUUAACUGGAUUCCCAGCCACACAGCCAUCCCGGGGAACGACAAGGCUGACGCAGCAGCGAAGGACGCCCGUUUGCUCCCCACCAUAACGUGCCAUGUCGUGCCAUCUCGGGCACAAAUCAGCAACACAUCCAAGAAGAUUUGUAGACAGCUUUGCCAUCAGGCAGUGGCACACCAGGUUGCUGAAGGGUCGCCGAGCGCAUCAUGGUACACAACAGCUACACAUAACACUACACCACCCGACAGCACGCUGCCACGACACACACACACACGCCUCCACAGACUAAGACUCGGCUACCAAUGCCUAGCCGAACUCAACAACACACUGCCACUCCCCUGUGAACACUGCAACACACCAACACACGCACCACUUAGACACUACAUUGAAGACUGCCCACACACAGCACAGUUCCUGAACAGACAGACACAUGAUGCACCUCACAUCCUCCAGCAAACACACGCCAACGACCUCAUACAGCUGGUCAAUGUGUACCGGCCACCCAGAUAA